AUGCCUACCGCUGGUGGCCUCUAUUUCUGGACACACUAUUUCAGUGGUGAGAAGUGGAAGAAUCCUUUAAGUUUCGUUGUUGGGUAUAGCAAUACCCUUGGGCUUAUUGGGGGCGUCUGUUCCAUUGACUACGGGUUUGCAACCAUGCUGCUGGCCAUCAUAUCCAUCGCGCGAGACGGUAAUUGGACUGCCUCUCGACCGGUCGUCUAUGGGACAUACGUGGGCUGUGUAGUCGUCCAUGGCCUCAUCGCUACCUUCUUCGCCAGAAUUAUGCCAAAGAUCCAGUCCGUAUGCAUUGUGACCAAUGUUGGUCUUGUCAUAGCGACAGUUCUCGCGCUACCUAUUGGUAAGGCAGUCAACGGCGGAACAAUCAACUCGGGAUCAUAUGUCUUCGGAAAAUUGGAAAACUCUACAACAUGGCCGAGCGGGUGGGCAUUUAUGCUUGCCUGGCUCUCGCCUAUCUGGACAAUCGGGGCGUUUGACUCCUGUGUCCAUAUGAGCGAGGAGGCUACGAAUGCUGCCCGUGCUGUUCCGUUAGGCAUACUAUGGUCUAGUGGGCUAUGUGGCAUCUUAGGGUUUCUUUCUCUGGCCGUGAUUGCGGCGGUCAUCAACACGGACUUGGAUGCUGUGAUGGGGACGACCUUCGGCCAGCCGAUGGCUCAAAUCUACUAUGACUGCUUGGGAAAGCCCGGUGCCCUCGGUUUCAUGGCCGUCGUAGCAGCAGUCCAAUUCUUCAUGGGACUGAGCCUGGUUGUCGCCGCCUCCCGCCAAAGUUGGGCAUUUUCCCGUGAUGGCGCCCUCCCUUUCUCCUCCUACUUCCGCCAUGUUAGCAAACGCAUCCGCUAUCAGCCCGUUCGGAUAAUUUGGGGUGUCGUCGCAGCAGCCAUAAUCAUCGGCCUUCUUUGCCUCAUCAACGCCGCCGCCAGCAGUGCACUUUUCUCCCUAGCAGUUGCCGGGAAUGACCUCGCCUGGCUGAUGCCCAUUCUGUGCCGGCUGGUCUGGGGUCAGGAGCGGUUUCACCCAGGUGUAUUCUAUACGGGGAAGUUCAGCAAGCCGAUUGCAGUUACGGCGAUUGUCUAUUUGGCGUUUGCCAUUUUGCUAAGCAUGUUCCCGACACUGGGCCCGGAUCCGACUCCGGACGAUAUGAACUAUACUGUCGUUAUCAACAGUGCGCUUUGGGGUGGCGCGUUGCUGUAUUAUUUGCUGUAUGCGCGCAAGACGUAUAAAGGCCCCCAGAUGACGGUAAAUGGCUCAUCGCCGCCAUCCUCUGCACCUUCUGAGACGAACUUCGAGAGCAAAAAGUUAGGAUCGGAUGAGAAGUGA